GUCAGCAUUGCCAGCGUGGAACGCACGUCGAGCCGCCAUACCAGGAAGUAAGCCGCACGUAAGACUGUCCCCGCAGAACAAAGCAGGAAACACUUACUUCGGAGUCCAAAAUUUCGGCCUCCUUUCAACCGAACUCCAUGACGGGACUCGCUGGCAUUUCUUCGCCUUAGGCUGCUUCCGUCGUCUAUCGUGGGACGCUGCGAUCGGAGUCUGUGAAGGCCCACACGCGGUGUGGUGAUGGACUCCACCUUGGUUCAAGUGGACAAGAAUCUGACAGAAGCCAUGAGGAUCUUGGGAGAUGGACAAAGAGAGCUGGAAGCAGGAACACUUUUCAGUAAAACCAGCAUCCCUGCCCCCCUGCAAGGAGACGGUCAGAAUGUCGCCACGGUUCUGCACCUUGUUCACAGCCUCAUCCAUGAAAAUGAGGAGGGAGAAGAUAAUCCAAGCCCACACAGAAUGCAGAAUGUUGGUGAACAAGGUCACAUGGCACUACUGGGGCACAGUCUGGCAGCCUACAUCUCAGUGAUGGACAGAGAGCGACUUCGGAAGCUGACUACUCGGAUCUUGUCUGAUACCACACUGUGGCUCUGUAGACUGUUCAGAUAUGAGAACGGUUCAGCCUACUUCCAUGAAGAUGACAGGGAAGGCUUGGUCAAAGUUUGUCGACUUGUUAUCAAUGCUCGCUAUGAAGAGUAUGCCUCUGAAGGCUAUGUUGUCCUCAGCACAAAACAGCCUGUCAUCUAUCAGAGCGCGUCCUGCAGGCCUGGCUUGGGACAGCAUUUGUGCAACCAGCUUGGCUUGCCUCUCUCCAGUUUGUGCACAGUCCCUUGCAACACCAUUUUUGGAUCCCAACAUCAAAUGGAUGUUGCUCUUUUGGACAAACUAAUCAAAGAAGACAUAGAAAGCGGGAAGCUUCCUUUGUUGUUGAUCGCCAAUGCAGGUACCGCUGGGGCAGGUCAUACUGAUAAGUUGGGGCGCCUCAGGGACUUGUGUGACGAAUACAAAAUCUGGCUCCAUAUGGAGGGGGUCAACUUGGCUACCCUGGUGCUGGGUCAAGUCAACUCUGCUAUAAUGGUAGCAACCAGAAGUGACAGUAUGACACUGACGCCAGGUUUGUGGCUCGGACUGCCUGCUGUAACUGCCGUGACUCUCUAUAGACAUGAAGACCCGGCGCUGGCUCUUGCUGCCGGUUUGACCUCCAGUCAGCCUGUGGAGAAGAUGCGAGCGUUACCUCUUUGGCUGUCUCUGCAAUAUCUCGGUUUCUAUGGAAUUGUUGAGAAGAUAAGACAUGCCACCGAACUGAGCCAACAACUGCUGCUAAAGCUCAAUUCUGUGACCUCCGUCAAAACAUUGGUAGAAGAUGAACUCAGCUCUUCUGUGGUACUGAUCAAAUUUUCCUUGGAAAGUAGUGCAGCUUGCAGUGGUGGUUCAUUGGAGGCUUACAGUGCUGGAGAGAAAGAAGUGCUUGACGCAUUCAAUAGAUUGCUUGGAAAGGAGCUUGCAUUGAUGGUUCCCACCAGUGGCGUAGAUGUAGUGGAACUUGAGGAUGAGGGCACCUGUGUUCGUUUCAGCCCCCUCCUCACUGCUGCAGCUUGUGGGACUCAACUCAAAGAUGUCGAUGAACUGGUACAGAAACUGUCAGAGCUGGUGCCCGUAAUGACAUCCACGAUACGCUUGAGACAAGACUUUAAAGAGGAAACUCACCGGCACUCACCCUAUCUCACAUACAUAGAGGAACUUAGCUGGCCUGGCCUCGGAGCUGUCCGGUAUGAACCACAGGCUGCUGGUAUCGAUGAUAUCAGGAGAAUGGAAGAAAUGAAAAAAAUCACCUCUGAACUGCUGAAGAAAUUACAAGACCUGGACACCGAUAUCAUUUUCUCCACUGGCCCUGAUCUUGACAGUGAGGGAAGAGAGUGUGCUAUCUUCGUAGGCAUGGUAGCUGAAGACGUUGACGUUGCAGAGCUUGUAAAUAUAAUAGCUAACCUGGGUCGAGACAUUGAAGAGAGUGGACGGCUUCUGGAGAACAUGACCGAGGUGGUGAGGAAAGGCAUACAGGAAGCAGAGCAGGAGCUGCUGAAAGCCACUGAGGAGAAACUCAUGGAAGAGGGUGUGUUGAGACAGCUACCUUUGGUUGGUUCCAUGUUAAACUGGUUUUCUCCUGUUCAAACCUCAGUAAAAGGCAGGACCUUCAAUUUGGCAGCAGGUUCAUUGGACUCUACAGAGGUGACAUACUCCACCAAGGCACAGGCAGGCAGACCUCCCUUAAAAGAAUCCCCCACUUUGUCAUCAGAGAGACUGCAAGGUCAGAGGUUGUUUCGGCGCUCAGGGGCAAGUUCUGAUGCUCUCAGUGAAACCAGCUCUAUUGGACAUGCUGAUGGGACAACCGGCGUCCACCCAACCGCUUCUAUAUGUGUACCAGAGGAGGACUCUCAUGCUGCAUGUCAAGGCAUACCAGAAGAAAGGAUUCAGGAUUCUUGUGUGCAGAAGCAUGACCACAUGGAGGCUGGGCCAGUCUUGGAGGAAAGGAAGCCUGAAGGCCAAGAGGCCCAGCAGAGUGGAGAAUAGAGCACCUACUUUUGCAAACGUCCUCCAUCCGUCCCUAUAAUGGUUCCAGCCUACUGAUGAUUUAAGAAAAAUUACAUCGUGCAUUUACCUAUUUUUGUUAUAAAAGAAAAAGGGGAAUAAUGGUUUCUAUCAAAAGUGUUUGUUUCCAAUACGGUCAGUGAAGUCGAUCAGAAAAAUAGAUACUGUAACACUGUGAUUCUCAUUUCUAAUCAUUUGGCUUUUACCAGCAGCUGCAGUGUUCUGAGAAAUGUCUUUACACACAUCUUUUAAACUCACCUGGCGUAGAUACAUACAGUGGGGCAAAAAAGUAUUUAGUCAGCCACCGAUUGUGCAAGUUCUCCCACUUAAAAUGAUGACAGAGGUCUGUAAUUUUCAUUAUAGGUACACUUCAACUGUGAGAGACAGAAUGUGAAAAAUAAUCCAGGAAUUCACAUUGUAGGAAUUUUAAAGAAUUUAUUUGUAAUUAUGGUGGAAAAUAAGUAUUUGGUCAACCAUUCAAAGCUCUCACUGAUGGAAGGAGGUUUUGGCUAAAAAUCUCACGAUACAUGGCCCCAUUCAUUCUUUCCUUAACACGGAUCAAUCGUCCUGUCCCCUUAGCAGAAAAACAGCCCCAAAGCAUGAUGUUUCCACCCCCAUGCUUCACAGUAGGUGUGGUGUUCUUGGGAUACAACUCAGUAUUCUUCUUCCUCCAAACACGACGAGUUGAGUUUAUACCAAAAAGUUCUAUUUUGGUUUCAUCUGACCUCAUAAGAUUCUCCCAAUCCUCUGUUGUAUCAUCCAUGUAUCCAUUUUGGUAUAAACUCAACUCGUCGUGUUUGGAGGAAGAAGAAUACUGAGUUGCAUCCUAAGAACACCAAACCUACUGUGAAGCAUGGGGGUGGAAACAUCAUGCUUUGGGGCUGUUUUUCUGCAAAGGGGACAGGACGAUUGAUCCGUGUUAAGGAAAGAAUGAAUGGGGCCAUGUAUCGUGAGAUUUUGAGUCAAAACCUCCUUCCAUCAGUGAGAGCUUUGAAUGGUUGAUCAAAUACUUAUUUUCCACCAUAAUUUACAAAUAAAUUAUUUACAAUUCCUACAAUGUGAAUUCCUGGAUUUUUUUUUCACAUUCCGUCUCUCACAGUUGAAGUGUACUUAUGAUGAAAAUUACAGACCUCUGUCAUCAUUUUAAGCGGGAGAACUUGCACAAUCGGUGGCUGACUAAAUACGUUUUUGCCUCACUGUAUUACAGUCUUGGUUUUCUUAGUAAUCCAUUUCAAAAGGUCAGAGGAAAUCCAAAUCAUUGUUUCCCUUAAAACAUAUACAUAAUUAAUCUGUUCCAGACGCACCAAAAUAUGAACAAAACACAUUUAAUAGAGAUUAUUUUAAGAUUUACAUGCAAAAAACAAUGCUAAAUAUAUUUUUUUCUUUUUUUGUGGCUACCAACGCUUGGGAGUCUUUGUUCGGGCACUCAAUUUCAAAGAAUGUUACACGGGCAAACGGACUUGUUGAUUGGCCGUACAAAUAACUAACACUAUACAGAAAAGGAGGCUAAGUUGUGGCAAAAAUGUUCGGCGAACAAAUGAGUCAUACGAGAACCAAGUUACCGCUAUAUUUUACUUUCAAAGCUAGUGGCACGGGUGAAAACUACACAUUCAGGGCAAAAUGUGUGGGAAUAAUUAGAAAAUUGCCUAUUUUGGGGCAGGUAAUAUUGUCCUUAUUAAUUGCACUAGAGGGGACUUAGUGGAGAUACCCAGUCAAGGUAACCAUUUAUUCAAUGCUGAUUAAAAUACUAAUACCAAUUUAAUAUGCAUUCCAAAAGGUAUGAUUAAGUGUUCAAUGACAGGUUCUUUAAAACUCAAGAGAUCCCUUGUUUUGUUUUUCACUUACACUUCCAACUCAAUAGGUGAUUUCAGGGGGAAAAAAACCAACACAAUUAUUGAAAAAGGGAGUAACUAUCUCCCAGCACAAAGGUCAGACUUUGGGUGUGGUUGGUCAACAGUGCUGCACACAUCUGAAAAGGGGGUUUGGUCUACUCUCUUAAGUCUCCUUUUACAGAUUUCUCAAAAUCCUUAGGGUUCUAAGGCGGUCUGUUGCUUGCCACCUUAAAGUUCCAGCGCUUUUGGCAGAUUUGAUGUGGGUUAAAGGCUGGCUAGGCUACGCUAGGAUAUGAAUGUGCUUUUUUUGAGCCACUCUUUAGUUGCUUUGGCCAUACAUUUGGGGGUCAUGCUGGAAGACCCAUUGAUGACCCAUCUUCGGAGUUCUGACUGAGGCCUGAAGGUUGUAAUCCAAUACUGUACAGUACAUGGCACCAUUUAUUGUCCGCUCAAUAUAAUGAAGUCUUCCUGUGACCAGCGAAUCACCUCCUAAGCAGAAUGUUUCCGCCUCCAUGUUUAAUAGCCAGGAUGGUGUUCAGAAUCUCUGCCUACAAACACAACCAGCCUUGUUGAUGCCAAAGAGCUUGAUUUAGUCUCUGGCCGCAUCACGUUCUCCCAUGCCUUCUCUGAAUCUUUAUGGUGUUCAUUAGCAAACUCCGGAUGGACAAAGUAAACAAAAUCAUCAGGGAUCACAUAAAUAUAAUUUGAAUCCUAUAACUUGAUGAUGACUUUGCUGACAGUUUAGAUUUAACGUUGAACAACAUUUUUGCAGUCAUGUAAUAAUUGCACAAGCUUCUGGGGCAGGAUUAACUUUAAAUCAUGUAAAUGUGUGAAUUGUUUGUGUAAAUCAUUCUAUCACAGAUUGCUUUUUGCAUCAUAUUUAUUUCUAUUUCAAUAAAUUUUGCCUUUUCCAAGAUAUCCCACCUGGCCUGGCUGAAAGUAAUUUAGGGGAAUACCCUCAAAACAAGUGCCAUAAUAAAUGAGGUUAUAUGAGUGGAUGAAGACCUUGCACCGUUAGUGUAUGUUUGCAUCUAUGACAAUAAAAUCUGCAAAUAAUAAA